GCCCAAGAAAAUCACAGUUCCAAAAAAGAAAAAAAGGAAAGGGAAUGAAAGCAAACUGGCUUUGUAAUAAAUAAAUAAAUAAACUAAAAAAAAGGAUGGGGGAGGGGGCACAGAGACUGUUUAGGUGUAGGGUGCAGAAUUCGAUGCUACGCCCCUGGUUACUGUUGACCUCAAUAAUCUGCCUCAUAUGCUAACAAACAGUAUUUGUUUGAGGGUGUAACGUUGUUGGACAUACCGGGGAAAAAAUCAUAACUUUUUUUUUUUAUUAUUUUUUUUAUCAACAACACAUUUGUCUACUUUAUUUUACUUUGCCCAAAAAAGUUGCAACAUGAAAACUGGGACCGGAAGUGCCGUGGGUAGUAUGGCUACCUUGACACUGUUGUGGUAACGAGGUGCAGCUGCGGUAGUUGAAGAGCGGUAGACGUGAAGCAGAGGACAGGAGACUGGGCCCAACAGGAGUCAGUGGACAGCAUAAAUGGCCCCGGUGCCUCCGGAGUGAAGAAUGGGCUCCCCGCUAUCGCAGCCAUGGCCAGAUCCACCAACAGAAGCGCCGAGGACGGGGACUCGCGGGUAAGCGCCCCCACGGACCGCGGAGAGGCGCGGGACCUGGCCGAGCCCCGGGAACUGUCUCUGGAGGAGGUGCUGAAGUCCUACGAGCAGCCCAUCAACGAGGAGCAGGCAUGGGCGGUGUGCUACCAGUGCUGCAGCGGGUUGAGGGUGCCCCGCCCGCCGGCCGGGAGAGUCAGGCGGGUGAAGGACCCGUCCUCCAUCCUCCUGCACAGGGACGGAACCGUGUCACUGCAGCACGAGCCCCGACACAACGAUGACACAGAUGGGCCUCCUGCUCCGCCUGCUGCAGAGCACCAGCUGGUCCAGUCGCUGGGUGUGGCCAUCUACCGAGCUCUGGACUGGGGACUGGAUGACAGCGAGGAGCGGGAGCUCACCCCCCAGCUGGAGAGCCUCAUUGAACGCAUGGCUGGGGGGGAGCAGGUUGGAGAGGGUGACAGCACCGCUGGGAACGGUACUAAAGAUGAGGGGUACAGCGGCCAGGAAGAGGAGGAGGAGGAGGAAGAGGAGGAGGAGCAGGAGGGAGCAAUAAGGCCGGUGUGUACAUUCCGCCAAGUGAUGGCGCUGUGUGCGUCUCGGCUGGCUAACCCGAGCUUGGCUCCGGAGCACUACCAGGCUGUCUGCAGGGCUCUGUUUGUAGAGACUCUGGAGCUACAGACCUUCCUCAUCAAGAUCAGAGAUGCUAAGGAGAUGCUGAGGAAGAUCACAACAGAGGAAACGCUGGAAGACAGGUCUACCGCAGAGCUGGACGCAUUGAAGCAUAGAGACUGGGCACGUUUGUGGGUGCAGCUGAUGAAGGAGCUCAGACAGGGAGUGAAGCUGAAGAAGGUGCAGGAGCAGCCGUUCAACCUGCUGCCCACCGAGUUCAGCCUCACACCCUUCGAGAUGCUGAUGCAGGACAUACGAGCUCGCAAGUUCCAGCUACGCAAAGUCAUGGUGGACGGUGACAUUCCUACCAGAGUGAAGAGGAAUGCCCAUGAAAUGAUACUGGAUUUCAUCAGAUCAAGACCUCCACUUAAACCAGUUUCAGAGCGCAGCCUUCCGCCUCCUCCACCGCAGCAGCAGUCCCUCCAUGACCAGGUCCUGGCUGAGAUCAAGCAGGAGAGAAAGCUCAGGCCUGUAUCCCUGCCCAGCUCCAGAUCAUUUGGCUCUCUGCCCUGCCUGGCUCAGACUUGUCCUUGUAACGUCAAAUCAACUUCAUGCAUCGACCUGUCCGUGUCGGAGCCAGGCCCCCGGCAGCCGUCCCGCCCUCGUAUCCUGCUCAAGGCUCCGACUUUGGCUGAGAUGGAGGAGAUGAACAUAUCUGAGGAGGAGGAGUCCCCAGACAACGGGGAGCUGAGGAGGGCAGAGAGCUCCCCAACACCUCUGAAAAGAGAUCGCUCCUUCUCAGAGCACGACCUGGCCAUGCUCCGUGCCGAGAUGCUGCCUUCGCUCUCUGAGUCGGGGCAGCUGGUCGGGGCGGUCAGGCUGAGGGGUGAGAGGCCUCGUUCCAGGACGCUGACCGGUGCCGGGCCUCCUCCUUAUCACAGAGCCUCCUUCCCAGUUCACGGCUGGGUGCCGCCCUCUCCGGCCCGCCUGUCUCUGAGUUCAGUCGACGAGACCACAGAGGGUUCAGAAACGACGUCUGGCUCCAGAGCUGGAGACGAGCACCAGUGGAUGGAGGAGUUCAGCCACCCUGUGGAGAGUCUCGCCUUAACAGUGGAUGAGGUCAUCAACGUGCGCAGAGUGCUGGUAAAAGCAGAGAUGGAGAAGUUUUUUCAGAGCAAAGAGCUCUACAAUAAUCUGAAGAAAGGCAAGGUUUGUUGCUGCUGCAGAGUGAAAUUCCCUCUCUUCUCAUGGCCAUCUACCUGCUUACUGUGUAAAAGAUCUGUCUGCGGCUCCUGCAGUGCAAAGAUGAAGAUUCCCUCAAAGAAGAUGGCCCAUAUUCCUGUGUACACUGUAGGCUUCCAUAGCACUCCAAAGAACACUGGACACAAAAGCCAAGUCUAUAAGUCCCUGCGCACCUUAUCUCGCCGCUCAGUGGAGGAGGAGUUCCCCCACCUGUACGCUCACGGCUGCACACUGCGUGACAUCUGCGCUGAAUGCACCAAAUUCGUGGCUGAUGUCAUUUCCUCAAGCCGCCGGAGUCUAGACAUCCUCAACAACACUCCCAAGAGGGAGGCCAAAGCUGCUGCUGCCCCUCAGAGACCACCGCUGCAACGUCAAUCACACCUCGAGACUUGCCCUCAACCACACCCUCCCCAGCCUCACCCUCAGUGUCACCCUCCACCUCACCCACAGUCACAGUGUCACCCCCCGCUCCCUCCCCAGUCCCAUUAUCAACAGCAGCGGCUUCUUGCAUCAUCGCCGUCUCUGUCGCCGCAGUUCCACACCAAGACGAUCAACAACAUGAACCAAUGACUGACUUUUUAUCCCUUUCUGCCCACACACACACUCCCGAAUGAGUCGAGCUCCUGCACUGCACUGUUCACACACACAUGCACAGAAAGAGUAGGGUUCUUACAGGGUUCUGGUGGUUACAUGCACAUCAGUGAUGACUCAAAACAGCCAUUGGACUGGUUCAAACCAUAAAUGAGAAUACAUAUUCCAGUGAGGGUCCUUGGAGUAUUAAGUGCGUUAUUACUGUAACAGUUAUGCUAUGAUAUAUACAGAUAAAAAACUUUUUCUGGAGCUGUAUAGAACCCUUUUUAGUAAGAAUGUAGUGACUCUAAACGACCACCACCUCACCCAUUAUCCACUUCCCAACUACAUCAUCUUCCAUAUCCCAGCAUCUCACCCAGCAGAUGUGCACACACGCAUACAGAGCCCCGCUUGUCACUUUAUAAGGUUUGAAUAAGAAGCAGUUCUGUCUGUAUCUGUCUCAUCUACAGCACCAUGACUUCACUCCCUGACGCUCACAGCUGCUGGGAGGCAGGCGUAUGGGAGUAGAGAGCAGAUGAGGAAAGUACUGACGGUUGUUGGAGUAUACACUGUGUGAGAGAGGGUGGAGGUGGUGUUGGGUGGUGGUGGUUUGAGAGGAGGACAAACGCUGCGCAGCAUAGAGUCAACAUGUAACCCUAGCAUUUUAGCUCUCUGUGGUUGCCUUGUUUUUGUCAUGAAUGUAACUUAGAGGCACAGAAUCAGAAUUGUAAAACGAUAAGCUUGUACACAGCAUAGUAACAUUUAUUUUUAAUCAUCCAAAAAGGGAUUUCUAAUGAGCGGCUGCUGCAUAACGAGGCCUCUUGCAUUUUAGACAUGCUUGUAAAGUCCCAGGUACAGCUGGACGAGGUAUGACGGCAGCGACACUGUGAAUGUAUCAGGGUGAAGCUGCAGACUGCACCUUUAACUGAUGCAGCAUGACGAUGCUGAUGUGAAGCGAGCAGAUGAAACUCCCACCUCUCUCACUCCCCAUGGAUGCUUGCAAUCUGCUCUGGUUUUGUAAACACUAAGUAAACCUCAACUGCAAUAAAAUCUAAUGACAAACAA